AUGGCUAACAACUCAACCUCUGCACCCAAGCAUGGUCAAUACCUAUCCAAGACGACGUCGAGGUGUGUGGCGGGGAGCGUCACCGCCAUGCACGAUUUCGUGGUGACCAGUUUCUCUCUGAUCGAAGGAAUGGGUACCGGCAAGUUCGUUAGCUCGGCCACCUUCACCGUCGGCGGUCGCGACUGGAACAUCAAGCUCUACCCAGACGGGAUCUACACAGAGCACAAAGGUUAUGCAUCGGUGCUCUUGUAUUUUCUUAAAGGAGCAGCAGAAAUCCGAGCUCCAAAGUUGUUGCCCCCUAAGGAUGACAGUUUUACAAUCAAGUGUGUUCUAACUGUUGUGGACGAUCCUCACACACAAGAUGUAAGCGCAAGCACCGUUAUAGUCCCACAGUCAAAGCUGCACCAAGAUCUCUCACACAUGUUGAAGAACGGGGAAGGCGCAGAUGUGACUUUCAGUGUGGGCGCCCAAUUGUUCCCUGCUCACAAGUGCAUGCUGGCCGCACGGUCCACGGUGUUCAAGGCGGAGUUCUUCGGCGCAAUGAAGGAAAGGGAUGAUCAGUGCAUCAAGAUUGAUGACAUGGAGCCUACAAUAUUCGAGGCACUCCUGUACUUCGUCUAUACCGAUUCCCUGCCAGACGGCUGCAGCUCUGACGAAAAUACGACAAUGCAGCACUUGCUAGUUGCCGCGGAUCGGUACCGGCUUGAGAGGCUAAGGGUGAUGUGCGAAGACAAGCUACGCCAUGGUGUUGAUGCGCAAACGGUCGCCACCACCCUAGCUUUGGCGAAGCAGCACAACUGUGCGCAGCUCAAAGAUGCUUGCAUCAGAUUUAUUGCCUCACGGGACAUACUCGAUGCUAUCAUGGAAACAGAUGGGUUCAGACAUCUCGAAGAAAGCUGCCCUUUGAUCCGCGAGGAGAUUUCGGACAAGGUUGCCACAUUCAGGAGUAGGGAGGACGAGUCUGCAGCAACUCUGGUCAUGCAAGAGUAA